AUGACCUUUUUGGAGAGUAUCAUAGACUCGGAAAACAGAGACAGUCUUUCCCGCAAUGGCAUCACUCAUAUCCUCUCCGUGUGCAACAAUGCCAAGCCUGUGUUAGAGGACAUGACCUAUCUGUGCAUUAAUGCAGCUGAUGCCUCCAGCCAAAAUUUGUCUCAACAUUUCAAAGAGUCCAUACGCUUUAUCCAUGAGUGUCGACUUAAUGGAGGGGCAUGUCUAGUUCAUUGUCUUGCUGUGGUGUCUCGCAGUACCACCGUGGUGGUGGCUUACCUCAUGACUGUCACCAGCUACGGCUGGGAAGAGUGUCUGACUGCGGUGAAGGCUGUGCGCUCUUUUGUGGGCCCAAACUAUGGCUUCCAGCAGCAGCUGCAGGAGUUCCAGAUGAAGCAGGUGUCAGAGUACCGGGCAUGGUUGCGGGCCAGCUAUAGACCCAGCCCAUUUGAAGACCAGGAACAAGUCAAAGCUUUACUGAGUCUAUAUGCAGAACAGGGGCGACAAAACGAUCAGUAGUGGAUGAGCCAGAGCUCUCACAUCUACCCUCUAUCCUGCAACCAAUACAGGGCAUCAGGCAGCAACAGAUGAAAGCAGCCAUGACACCCGUCUCUGCUUUACCACCUGCUUUAACCCUAGCUGGACAGUAAUGGCAUGUGAGGCAGUCCCACAUGUAUAAUUCAUUUUCAAAAGAAAGAUUGCAGAGCACUCAACAUUUAUAUUAUAGUCAUGAGCACUCUGAAGUGUUCAGAUUCAUCUUGAGUUCAUUGAGCACAAUGAUUCAAAGAGUAAUUCAUUUUUUUUCAUUAAAUCCCUUAAUAAGUUGUUUGAAUCUGUUAGCUUGAGUCACCAUAAUUUUUGCAUUUUAUCAAAAAAGCAAAUGAAAUAUAAAGUCUAUAAAUAAAGAUUAAAAGAAUGACGUGUAUUAAAAACACCUUCCAUAUACAGACCACUUGCAUGAC